AUGACAGCGCACUGCGCGGCGGAGCUCCAGUCUCCAGACUCCAGUCACUCGGCGAGAUUACAAUCCUCGGUGAGAGACGGACACCUUGGAGUUCGAAUCACCGGUCCAACACUCUCCAACAAGACUCCAGGAUAUGCCAAGGCAUCAUCUUCCGGCGUAUCACUGCGACAAGCCAUCAACACAGGGGCUGUCACUUGCACCGUCAUCCCGACAAACUUACCACGUCUUUUCCCGGCCCCCGUUUGCCAUAUUGCCUCGGUCGCCCAACCAUGCUCCGAUCAAGCUUUCCCAUGCUCGUUGUUGUCGACGGUUGAGGACCUCGGGUAUAUGCCUUCUGUCCGGCUUCCGGAACCGGAACCUAGAAUACCUGCCACUCACGGCCAUCCCCGGGAACUUCUUUUGGUCAGUGCCGUGGCCAAUGUGAUCAUUGUCGAUCAUAUUCUCAAAGAGACCAUCUACCACGGGAAAACGUUGUCUACGUCUUGA